CAGACCAUCGAAGCCUCAACCUUUCCAUUGCAUGGCAAUAGAGUUUGAUUCCUUAAGUCAACAUAAAUAUCACCAAACUUUUAGUUUCCUUUCUCUACUAUCAAUCUAUCCCCAACAAAACCAGCAAUUUUCUCAACCAAAGUCCAAGAUGGUUAAUGACAAGGCAGCAUCAGAUGGACUGGAAUGGAGGAUAAAGGUCAAUGAUGGAUCAUCUGAGGUUUUGGCUCCAAAAGCAACAACAUGUUUAGGGAAAGCUUGGCUUGGAGUAACGGGGAUAGUUUCUGGAUUGUUUUUGAAAGUAUGGAGUUAUUUGAAGACAGCAUGGAAGUUGGGAGCAGAUGAUCCUAGAAAAGUUAUCCACUGCCUUAAAGUGGGACUUGCCCUCACUGUUGUCUCCCUUUUUUACUUCAUGAGGCCUUUGAAUGAAGGUGUUGGAGGGAAUGCUAUGUGGGCAGUAAUGACUGUUGUUGUGGUGUUUGAACAAACAGUUGGUGCCACAAUAUGCAAAUGUCUAAACAGAGUUUUUGGGACUUUCCUCGCUGGAUUCCUUGCUCUUGGUGUCAACUGGGUUGCCUGUCAUUCACAGAAGUUUCAGCCACUAAUAAUUGGAGCCUCAGUUUUUGUGUUAGCUUCUGCGGCAACCUUCUCAAGAUUCAUCCCAACAGUGAAAACACGGUUCGAUUAUGGAGCCACAAUCUUCAUCCUCACCUUCAGCUUGAUCGCAAUUUCAGGUUACCAAGUGGACAGACUGUUUGACGUUGCUAACCAAAGAAUUUCCACCAUCGUCAUUGGGACUUCCUUGUGCAUUCUAAUAAUCAUGCUCAUUUGCCCCAUCUGGGCGGGCCAGGAGCUCCAUAGCCUCAUUACUCGUAACAUGGAAAAACUUGCCAAUUCAUUGAACGGUUGUGUAGAAGAGUACUUUAUUGAUAGUGGGGAAAGAACUAAAACUGACGACGAGGAAGCACAUAAAAGAAAAUUGUUAGGGUAUAAGUGCGUGCUAAGCUCCAAGGCAGCUGAAGAAUCAAUGGCAAAUUUUGCCAGAUGGGAGCCUGCUCAUGGCCGCUUCAAUUUUCGACACCCAUGGAAACAUUACCUCAAAAUCGGGGCAUCAAUGCGUGCUUGUGCUUGUUGCCUAGAGGCUCUCAUUGCUUGCCUUGAUUCAGACAAUAAGGUUCCGGAAUUCAUAAAGAAACACCUAAGCUCUACAUGCUUGGAACUAAGCUCCAGCUCUGCAAGUGUCAUUAGAGAGGCAAUGAAAAUGAUGGAGACAAUGAAGAAGUCAUCCACCAUGCAUUUGUUAGUUGAGGAAAUGAACAAAACAGUGGAAGAGCUGCACAAAAACUUGAGAUCUCUUCCUUGUUUGUUGCAUUCUCAGGAAGCUGGAACCCCUGAACAGAAGAAAACAGGAACGGUGACUGUUGUUCCCUUGAUGGAAAUAAUUCCUGUGAUGACUUUUACUUCCAUGCUGAUGGAAAUCACUGUAAAGAUUGAAGCACUUGUUGAUGCUGUUUUGGUACGCUUCCCUUCUGGUGAACGGAAAGGGAGGAGGUUUCAGAGUACCGCUACAAUCCAAUCCAUUUAUGACUAUGUUGAUUCUUUGGGAUGCUUAGAAGCUGAUGAUUACAGCCUUGUUUCAAACUUCCCUAGAGUUGUUUAUGGUCCAGAGAAGCGCACAUUAUCAUUGAAAGAAGCAGGACUACAUCCCCAGGCCAGUCUUUUUGUCGAUCUGCAUUAGUCGAAACAAGUUCAUAAUUCAAAUUUGUAUGAUGAAUUGUAGUUGAAAAUUCUGGCAAGCAGAGAAUGUUAUACUGUGUUUCUUUCCAUUUCGACGUCUAAUUAGAAAUGAUAGUGACUUAAAAGAAAGCUUACGCUUUCCCUCUGGAUGUUCCAUAGCUUUUCGAUGCAGAAUCAAUCAAAAAUUGCUUUUUGAAGUAUGGUUUUGUGGGCAUUAAUCCUCUACUCUCACAAUGUUGGACAUGGAAGCCUAUAUUUAGGAUUCUUUAAGAUUUCAAGCUCUAGAGUUUUAUCUUUAAUCUCAAUAGUUGACGGGCAGAAAUGGGAAAAGAGAAAUGCAGUGAUGUGUUAGGCUGUUGCUGAAAUGAAUCUUGUGUGAGGAUUUGGAUCCAUACAUUGUUAAUAAGAAAGCCACAAUUUC